UCAUUGAUCGGGACUUCAAAUAAAGUUUUAUUAUUAGCUCACAGAAUGUUUGCAUAGGUAUAGUCACUAAUAACACCGAUUCUCCGUCAACGAGAACAAUUCGAACUCUCAAAAUCUUUGAAGCUCAAAGUCGCCAUGUUCGCGAAGCGAUUGUUACAGAAGGCGGUGAACCAUCAUCAGCGGAAAGCACAUCAUGGUGGUUUGACAUCAGCAGACUUGGAUGCUCGAAUUGCUAUCCAUUAUGGUGUCCCGUCCACAGCAUCGGUUCUUGGUUUUGACCCGAUUCAGCGCCUUUUGGCCAUUGGGACUCUGGAUGGGCGAAUUAAAGUUAUUGGUGGAGAUGGUAUUGAAGGACUUCUUAUAUCUCCGAAGCAAUUGCCUUACAAGAACUUAGAGUUUCUACAAAACCAGGGUUAUUUAGUCAGCAUUUCAAACGACAAUGAUAUUCAGGUUUGGAAUCUCGAGAGCAGGAGUAUAGUUGGUUGUUUGCAGUGGACAUCCAAUAUAACUGCUUUUUCUGUGAUCAGUGGCUCCUACUUUAUGUAUGUUGGUGAUGAGUAUGGUUUGAUGUCUGUCAUUAAGUUUGAUGCCGAAGAUGAAAAACUUAUACAGUUGCCAUAUCACAUCUCCGCAAAUUCUAUAAGUGAAGCCGCUGGGUUUCCCUUUCCUAGUGACCAACCUAUUGUUGGAGUUCUUCCUCAACCUUCUUCUUCUGGGAAUAGAGUAUUGAUUGCAUAUCAGCAUGGGUUGAUUAUUCUUUGGGAUGUUUCUGGAGGUCAAAUUCUCUUUGUUGGAGGUGGUAAGGAUCUCCAAUUGAAGGAUGGAAUUUUUGAUUCUUCUUCAAAUGAAGUGAUUACAAAUCUUCCAGAUGAUACAUUGGAUGAUCAUCUAGGAGAAAAGGAGAUAAGUGCUCUUUGUUGGGCAUCUUCCGAUGGAUCCAUUCUGGCUGUGGGAUACAUCGAUGGAGAUAUAUUAUUCUGGAAAAUAUCGCGUACUGGAUCAAUUAAAAGUCAACAAGCUAUAUCAUCACCAAACAGUAUUGUGAAGCUACAAUUAUCAUCUGCAGAAAGGAAACUCCCUGUCAUUGUCUUACAGUGGUCCAAAAACCAAAGAUCCCGUAAUGAUUGUGAUGGCCAGCUUUUUAUAUAUGGUGGUGAUGAAAUAGGAUCUGAAGAAGUUUUGACGGUUGUAACUCUCGAAUGGUCAUCCGGGACAUUAAGAUGUGUUGGUCGUGUAGAUCUUACACUUCCUGGCUCUUUUGCAGACAUGCUUUUAUUGUCAAAUGCUGGGGCGAUGGGGCGUAACCAGAAAGCUGAUCUUUUUGUGUUGACAAACCCUGGGCAGCUACAUUUCUAUGAUGAUGCUAGUCUAUCUGCCUUAGUCUCUCAGCAAGAGAGAAGACCAUCCAUCUCUGCCAUGAAGUUUCCUGCAGUGGUGCCGAUAUCUAAUCCUCUCAUGACAGUUGCAAAGCUAAGUAAAUUCCCCACUGGAGGGGACUCCUCAAAGGCUCUGUUGGAGGCAGCCUCGGUUAGGAAACUUGCCUCGACAGAGACCCCGGUUAGUGGUGCACGGUGGCCCUUGACCGGAGGUGUAGCCAGUCAAUUGUCUAUUACUAAAGAUAAUGGUCUUCAGAGAGUGUAUUUAGCAGGUUAUUCUGAUGGGUCCAUUGGGAUAUGGGAUGCCACAUAUCCAGUCUUAUCUUUUAUCUGUCUUAUAGAAGGCGAGGUGAAAGGUGUAAAGGUGGCUGGUUUAAGUGACCCAGUGACAAAGUUGGACUUCUGCUCCUCCAAUUUAAGUUUGGCUGUUGGCAAUGAAAGUGGUCAGGUUCGUCUCUAUGACCUCAAAGGCUGUUCAGAUGGGACAAACUUCCACUUUGUCACUGAGACUAAAAAUGAAGUUCACAUUUUGCCUCAAGGAAAAGGACUUCAAUGUAGAGCUGUUUUCUUUCUUCUUAGUUCCUCAGUGCAAGCACUACAUUUUGCAAAUUGUGGGUCUAAACUUGCUGUAGGAUUUGAAUGUGGUCGUGUUGCAGUGCUUGACACAAGUUCAUUAUCAGUUUUGUUCUGGAAAGAUGGUCUUUCUAGCUCUCCAAUCAUUUCAAUAACUUGGAAAGAACUUAGACAUACUGAUGGCAUUGUCAAAAGCCCAAAGCACUCUGAAACAAAGAUCCCACUCAACCCUGCAGCAGAAGUAAUGUUUGUCUUAACAAAGGAUGCGAAGAUUAAUGUGAUUGACAGUGGUACUGGUAACGCAAUCAACGCCCGGCCAUGGAACGUGAAAAAGGAAUCAGUUGUGAUUUCAAUGUAUGUUAUAGCGGUCAGUAUGUCCGUCUCUGAAACCUCUAAUGAAACACAGCCGGAUUCCCAUGAGGAUAUUCCCAUGAAGAAUGACCCCAUGCCCGAUGGUACUACAGUUCGAGUAAAUUCACUUGAGGGUGAACCGCACUCUUCAGUAACUACAUCCUCUGAGGAAAGAUUGUUGGAUUCGGUUCUUUUGCUUUGUUGUGAGGAUUCCUUGCACUUGUACUCUACAAAAUCUGUGAUUCAGGGAAAUAAUAAAGCCAUUAGAAAGGUGAAACAUGCAAAAUGUUGCUGUUGGACAACAACUUUAAAGAAAGAUGAAAAGUUUUGUGGACUGGUCUUGCUGUUUCAGACAGGAGCGAUUGAAAUAAGAUCUUUGCCAGAUUUGGAAUUGGUGAAAGAAACCUCCUUGAUGUCAAUUUUAAGGUGGAAUUUUAAGGCAAACAUGGACAAGGCAAUGAGUUCUUCUGAUAGUGGGCAAAUUACACUGGCAAGUGGCUGUGAAUUGGCAUUUGUCUCUUUAUUAGCUGCUGAAAAUGAUUUCAGGAUUCCAGAAUCAUUACCUUGUCUCCACGAUAAAGUUCUUGCAGCUGCUGCAGAUGCUGCCCUUAGUUUCUCUUCAACUCAGAAGAAAAAGCAGAGUACCCAACCUAGAAUUCUUGGUGGUAUCAUCAAGGGUCUUAAAGGGGGGAAAAUGGUCCAUUCUGAGGAUAUCACCAUGCCUCCUAACUUUAAUUUCACUCAUUUGGAGGCCAUAUUUUCAAAGUCACCGUUCUCAGACCCAUGUCCAGCUGUUACGGAUGAUCAGGAAGAACUGGAGCUUAACAUAGAUGACAUUGAAAUAGAUGAACCUAUACCCACGGCUUCUACUUCAUCCCAUGAUUCUAUGAAUAUAAAGACAGAGCAAGGGACAGAGAGGGAAAGACUUUUUCAAGGUGGAACUGAUGAUACAAAACCCAGAAUUAGAACCCCUGAAGAAAUUGUUGCUACAUACAGAAAAGCUGGGGAUGCUUCUUCGGUUGCUGCACAUGCAAAAGAUAAGCUCAUACAGCGGCAGGAAAAAUUGGAGAGAAUCAGCAGACGCACAGCAGAGCUACAAAGUGGAGCCGAAGACUUUGCAUCAUUGGCAAAUGAGCUUGUAAAGACCAUGGAGGCUCGAAAAUGGUGGCAUAUAUGAAAUGAAACACUGGCCUUCAUCCGCAUGUGCUUUGAAUUUAUGCAGUGUGUUCUACUUUGUGUCUGGGGCCGGAAUGGACCCUGGAUGAUUCCCGGAAUGGACCCUGGAUGAUUCCCAGAAUGGCAGUGGUUAUUCUCAGAGAUCAGCAAUCGGGCUUCAAUUAAGAAUAUGAUCUAGUGCUUGUAAUCCAGCUGACAGGCAAUAGUAUCCAUGGUCUUUUCUGUAAGUUAUAUAACUAUGGGAUAUUCAUAUAAAUCUUUUCCCGAGACUGGUUUUUUUAUUAUUCUAUUCAUGGUACAGGACCGAAUAUAUGAAGUAAAUUGUUAAACGAUUUCAUGAG